AUGUUAUCUUCUUCGCUCUCAUUCCUUCACUCUUUCACUUUCCCCUCUUGUUCUUCGUUCACAAUUCCAUCUCCAAAUCCCAAUUCUCCGUCUUCUCUUUCCUUUGUGGUUGAAGUCAAAUCAAGUUCCCGAAGGGAAGACAGAACUGCUCGCCAUGUUCGUAUCCGCAAGAAGGUUGAAGGAACAACCGAACGACCAAGAUUGUCUGUCUUCCGAUCCAACAAGCACCUCUUUGUCCAGGUGAUUGAUGACACCAAGAUGCAUACACUUGCUUCAGCUUCCACAAUGCAGAAGAAACUUGCUGAAGAGUUCAACUACACCUCUGGCCCUACAAUUGAAGUAGCAAAGAGGGUGGGUGAGAUCAUUGCGAGAUCCUGUCUGGCGAAGGGAAUCACAAAAGUUGUCUUUGAUCGUGGUGGUUACCCGUACCAUGGCCGUGUUAAAGCAAUCGCUGAUUCGGCUCGCGAACAUGGCCUGGACUUCUAA